UCCAACACUUGUAAUUUGGAUAAACUUAGAACUGAGAUAUAUUUAUAUAGUAUUAUUGUGAAAUUGCCAGUUUUUUCCGCAUUAAAGCACCCUUCGAUGAAUGGAAGUGGGGCCAAAACAGGAGUCAAACAACAGUGAACAAUGUCUGAGGGGCCCUUGUAGCUACCGCGCAACUUUUAUCAGUAAGCAGUCCGCGAAGACGUCGCAAGAGAAACGCGCGCUGAAAUGAUGCUAUAUCUCCGCCGAUUGUUCAGCCAGGAGCUGAGUCCUGCCGCACAAACGGAUUUCCUGGGCUGCCUGCAACAGGCGCCACACCUGCUAACCAAUGGCUUUGCCGGAUCCCCCGCCCUGGAAAGUCUUUCCUGGUUACACAAUCUGGCUCCCUGUUUCCCGCUGCGAGGUGACCAGAUCCAUGUGAUACACGAGCCCCAGCACUUCUACGACACGUUGGUACAGCGCAUUGCCAAGGCAAAGAAGCGCAUCGUGCUGGCCAGCCUCUACCUGGGCACGGGCCAGCUGGAGAAUGCCAUGGUCCAGACGUUGCGUCACCGCCUCCAAUCGCAGUCGUCGCUGCGCCUGAACGUGCUAUUGGAUUUCACACGCGGUACACGUGGCGAUCUCAAUUCCAAGACCAUGCUGCUGCCGCUGGUCCGCGACUUCAAGGAGCAGGUACAACUGUCGCUGUACCACACGCCAGAUCUGCGGGGAAUGACGAAACGACUGGCGCCACCGCGCUGGAACGAGCUCCUGGGCCUGCAGCACAUGAAGGUCUACCUGUUCGACGAUGCGGUCAUUAUAUCCGGGGCGAACCUCUCGAACGACUAUUUCACCAACCGACAAGACCGCUACAUCCUGAUCGAGGAUAAGCCCUUGGCGGACUUUUAUGCGCAGUUCAUUGAGCGGGUGCAGGAGUUUAGCCUGGCCGUCAGCCCAGACGCCACAGAGGGGCUGCAUCGCAACUGGCGCAUCUUGCCCUACGAGGGCACCAAGCAGCAGUUCAUUCAGCAGGCCAGCAAGCGGAUAUCGGACUUUGUGCAGGAGACCUAUCAGCGGCAGAGUCAGGUCAGGGAUCUGAACACGCAGGCAGACACCUGGGUGUUCCCGCUGUUCGAGAUGGGCCAGAUUGGCAUUCAUCACGACAGUGUGGUGACAAAGCGUCUGCUCUCCAGCUGCAUUGCCGGCUCCCGCCUCAAACUCGCCACCGGCUACUUCAACCUGACGCAGGAAUACAUGGACACCAUCACGCACAAGUGCCUGGCGCAGUGCAGCAUUCUCAUGGCCCAUCCGAACGCAAAUGGCUUCCAGGGCGCCAAGGGGCCUGCCGGAGGAAUUCCGGCUGCAUACACCCUGAUAGCGAAGAGCUUCUACGAGAGUCUGGUGCGUCGGAAGCAGAAUCAUCGCGUCAAUUUCUUCGAAUACCAGAAGACCGGCUGGACGUACCAUGCCAAGGGCCUGUGGUACUACCUGCCCGAGGCGCGGCUGCCGAAUCUAACGCUCAUCGGCUCAUCAAAUUUCGGAGAGCGGUCGGUAAAUCGCGACCUGGAGACACAGGUGUGCCUCGUGACGACCAACACGGAGCUGAGCCAGCGGCUGCAGGCCGAGGCGGAUCGCCUCUAUGAUCUGUCUCAGACGGCGGAGCGGGAGAUUGUUAAGCGGGUCGUGCCUCGUUGGGUGCAGGCCGUUGUACGCAUAUUCAGGAACUUUUUUUAGACUAUUCAAAUUGUUAGUUCAAUUGUCCCCCAUCGUACCAGUUACUAUAGUGUUUAAAUCGUGUUUAAUUAUUGCCUUGGGCAUGCAUGUGUGUGUGUGUGUGUGGUUCACACUGCUGUAAAUGGUUAGUUUUGUACGCAGUUUAGAAUUUGUUAAACAAUAAAGUGAAUUUUUAAAGGAAA